UUAACCCACUAAGCAAGGCCAGGGAUCGAACCCGCAACCUCAUGGUUCCUAGUCGGAUUCAUUAACCACUGUGCCACAACGGGAACUCCCAUAAUGGCUUUUAACCCUAGUAGCAUGGUAGAACCAAUUGGGGAGCUUUGAAAGAACACAGAUGCUGGGCCACAUCCCUAGAAAUCCCGAUUUAAUUGCCUGGGUGGGGCUUGGGCCUUGGUGUUAUUGAGCAGCUCCUCAGGUGAUUUUAAUAUGCAGGCGGGCUGGCCAACCACCACCGAAAGGUUCAGCACUAGCUGCUGAAUAAAGAGCUCCUGGGUUCAUCCCAGACUCCUCUGUGGCUACCUAUCUCUGUGAGGGGUAGGUGGUCCUGGGGUGAAGUUGCUUACCCUGUAACCUGCAAGGGGGGAGGGAAAGGGAGAAGAUCCCUCCCCCAACAGGGUGAAAGUUCAUUUCCAGCCUGAGAAGGAAGAUGGGCCCAUUAGUCACUGCAUGGAAGGUGGAAGAUUGGGGACCCGUCCAGAGUGGGCCUCCCCAACAGCCCUGCCAGGACUGACCCUGCUGUGGGAAGAAUGGGCAGGGAGACAAAGGGGAUGUGAAACAGCAAACAGCAGCCAAUUCAAAGGUCCCCUGCUUGUUGAAAAAAGGACACAAUAUUUGUGUAGGAUAUUUCAAAUUCAUUUGAUACUCCUAGGAACAGGCAGGGAAUGGAAUUUUCUCCCACUUUGCAGAUGUAGGACUACACUCAGCUAGUUGGUGGUAAGGUUCAGAUUGACCCAAGCCACCCAACUUCAAAUCAUGCUUCUUAGUAGCUCUUCCCCCUCCACCCUAAUUGUUUCUCAUACAGCCUCUGGUCCUUCUGAAGGGAAUCAAGGUCCUCCUUUUGAUGCCUCUCACUCCAGGGGCCCCGUCUGGCAAUCUUGGUUUCCUCCACCAAAUCCAUCAGCAUCUCUCACCCCCACCCCAACUAUAGACUGGUUCAGGAAUUAGGAAGCUGCUACUGUUUCCAUCCUUUUCUAGGCCUUUGUCUCCCAGAAAGAAGCCUGAUAGAGUGAAGAGGGGAAUGUUUUUACAUGAUGCCAGGGGGCUCCUUCUGAACAGAUCUGAUUCUGUCUACCCGGCCACCCCCAGGGCUCCCUGAUCCUGUCAUCCUCAGGAUAGGAUCUUGUGUGUGGUUACCAAAGCUCUUCCUGAUCUAGUGUCUCCCUGCUCUGAGCUCUCUCCACAUAUUGUAUCAGUUUUCCUUAGCACAUGGUGAAAGCCUAAUAAAUGGUACUUUUUGUUAUCAUCAUUGUUCCUCUUUGUGCACCUGUUGCCUUGCUGUUCAUGUUUCACCUCAGGGCUCCUCAGGUUGCCUCUUUCUGACUCCCACAGCCAAGCAGAAUGCAGAGCUAAGAGGCACAGUGGGAUCUGGAGGUGACUCUCCUUCUACGGCUGGGGAUGUCCAUACUGGCCUUUUAGGGGCAAAUUGAUCCAGCAGGUGUUAAUUGAGCACCUAGCAUGUGGUGAAGGAGCCUGGUGGAGGCUGGGAGUAGAAAACAGGGGCCCGUAUAAUCUGGCCCUGCUCUUCAGGAGCUUGGGAGCUGGAGGAUGAGUAGAGAGGCAUUUGGAUCCUGAUACAGAGCCAAGGAACCCGAAAUGGGAGAGAACACCUGGCUUGGUGUCCUCAGGAAGGCUUGGGCCACUGAACUGGGCCUUGAAUCGGCAGAAUUUGGGACAAAGAUGGCCAGACUGCUUGUGGCAGUGAGCGCCCCUCAGUGCUCCUGGGGCUGAGGCUAGGCUGGCCGCCAUGGAGCUGGGUGGGCCCUGGGCCUGGCUGCUGGGCCUGCCCACAGCCGUGGUCUAUGGCUCCCUGGCCCUCUUCGUCUCCGUCCUGCACAACGUGUUCCUGCUUUACUAUGUGGACACCUUUGUCUCAGUAUACAAGAUCAACAAAGCUGCCUUCUGGGUGGGAGAGACGGUGUUUCUCCUCUGGAACAGCCUCAACGACCCCCUCUUCGGCUGGCUGAGUGACCGUCAGUUCCUCAGCUCCCAGCCCUGGUCAGGUGCUGGGCUCUCCUCGAGGGCUGUGGUGCUGGCGCGGGUGCGGGCGCUGGGCUGGCAUGGGCCGCUGCUGGCACUGUCGUUCCUGGCGUUCUGGGUGCCCUGGGCCCCGGCUGGCCUGCAGUUCCUGCUGUGCCUGUGCCUGUACGAUGGCUUCCUGACGCUCGUGGACCUGCACCAUCACGCCUUGCUGGCCGACCUGGCCCUCUCCGCCCACGACCGCACCCACCUCAACUUCUACUGCUCCCUCUUCAGUGCGGCUGGCUCCCUGUCUGUCUUUGCCUCCUACGCCUUCUGGAACAAGGAGGACUUCUCUUCCUUCCGCGCCUUCUGUGUGGCACUGGCCGCCUGCUCUGGGCUGGGCUUUGUAGGAGCCACGCGGCUGCUGAGGCGGCGGGUCGAGGCGGCCGGCAGGGAGCCGGGGUGCCCAUCCCUGGCUGUGGACGGUGGCCUCGGUGAAGAAGAACUGCUUGUGGGCGGCAAGGAGGCAGGCAGCAUCACCUUGAGCCAGUACCUCCGGCAGCUGGCACGCCACCGGAACUUCCUGUGGUUCGUAGGCAUGGACCUGGUGCAGGUCUUUCACUGCCACUUCAACAGCAACUUCUUCCCCCUCUUCCUGGAGCAUCUACUGUCAGACCAUAUUUCCCUCUCCACGGGCUCCUUCCUAUUGGGCAUCUCCUAUGUCGCUCCCCAUCUCAACAACCUCUACUUCCUGCCCCUGUGUCGGCGCUGGGGUGUCUACGCUGUGGUGCGCGGGCUCUUCCUGCUUAAGCUGGGUCUGAGCCUGCUCAUGCUGCUGGCUGGCCCCGACCAUCCUGGUCUGCUGUGCCUCUUCAUUGCCAGCAACCGUGUCUUCACUGAGGGCACCUGUAAGCUGUUGACUUUGGUGGUCACUGACCUGGUGGAUGAGGACCUGGUGUUAAACCACCGUAAGCAGGCGGCCUCAGCGCUUCUCUUUGGCAUGGUGGCUCUGGUGACCAAGCCAGGCCAGACCUUCGCCCCACUGCUGGGUACCUGGCUGCUGUGCUUCUACACAGGUCACGAUCUCUUCCAGCAGCCUCCACUCACCCCUGUGGGGAGUGCCCAGCCCUGGCCAGAGCCCCCGGCCCCACCCCCGGCACAGGCCCCCGCGCUCCGCCAGGGCUGCUUCUACCUGCUGGUGCUGGUGCCCAUCACCUGUGCUCUGCUGCAGCUGUUCACCUGGUCCCAGUUCACGCUGCACGGGAGACGCCUGCACAUGGUCAAAGCCCAGCGCCAGAACCUGGCACGGGCCCAGACUCUGGAUGUUAAGACAGUGUGAUGGAUGCGGCAAGGCCACCCUACUGAGGACACUACCUGCAGCCCUGGGCAGCCAGCCCAGUGUCCUGCUCCUCCGCUUUCCUGCGGUACAGCCUGGAGGACAGAUGGCAGAGUGGGAGCUCCUGGGACUGAGCCAGGAGCGUCACUGAGGUCUAAGUUCCUGCCCAGCUGUCUGGCCCAGCUUGGGCAAGGGCUGGGCCAUUUGUGCUCAGGGACCUGCUUCCUCCGGAGGAGGAGGAGGGGAAGAAGAGGGCCAAGAAGGGAUGGGGCCGCCCUGUGGCCACAUGGGGUCACUGCGGGGAAGGGAGGCCUGUCCCCCUAUGGGCUGGGGCUGGAGCUGUGUGAGCUUGGGAACCAAUUUCUCCCAGUCAGGGGAAGCUGACUCUAAGUGCCACCAGCCCCUUCCAGUGGUUUCUCUCAGAAUUCUCUGCUUCAGCUAUGCCUGGAGUAGCAUGGCCCCAGCUGCCGCAGGGCCCCCCCAUCCCCACCCAGCCUCUAAAUGAGGUUCAUUUCAUCACAGACUGAUUAAACUCAGUCAUGUCUCUUCCA